GAUGCGAUGUGGGGCUGGCCGGGCGGGGCUUGACUGGACUGGACUGGACCGGACUGUCAGCAGCAGCAGCAGCGGGGACUAGAAGUGCGUGGGCUGUGCAUUGUUAUAUGCGUCCGGAGGGCAAGCAGUCCUGUGUGGCUCAUCGGCAGCAGCAGCAGCAGCAGCAGCACUCGAGACCUAAUCCGCUUCCACUCACCUCUUCGUUGUUUGGGUUGGGUUUUUUGGGUUUUGGUGACUUAGAGAGAGAGGACGGCCUUUUCAGCUUUUGUUGUUGUUGUCUGUAAAUCGCUCGGAAGAAGAAGAAGAAGUCGAAGAAGAAGGCGAAGCAGUCGAAGAGAUUGAACGAGGGAGUGGAGUGGAGUGGAGUGAAGGAGGAGGAGGAGGAGGAGGAGGAGAAGGUGAACAAUUGGAGAGAGGGCGAGGGUGCGCGCAAUCAUGGGGCAGUGUUACACCGCACAGCAGAAGCCGCGGGAGAGAUGGAUCAAGAAAUCCGGCAAAGGCGGCCCUGCAGGUAGAUACUCUCAGCGCGAGAGUUAUGGCAAUGGGUGCUUCGCGCUCGUGAGGGAGCAACGAGCUAGAUUCUACAUAAUUCGGCGGUGCAUCACCAUGCUGCUGUGCUGGCACAAGUAUGGCGGUUCGUGAGCGGCAGCGGCUAAUCUCUCGGCUUAUCUAUCAUCUCAUCUACUCGGGCGAGGCUCUCGCGAAGCGAAGUUUUGUGCGGAUCUCGCCCCGACAUUUCAAUGAAGCUAUCCGCCGAUCCAAGAGCAAAAUCGUGGCUACGACUCGAGCUUUUGAUUAUCUUCUACAUCACACUCUUCCUUGUAGGAAGCAGCGCUGCGACGGUGCAAUACAUCGAGAAGAGACGCCCAGGAACGGAAGGUCAUGCUGUCGGUCGAUCCCGAUGGCCUCGAUCUUCCGUGUCCUGCGCUUUCGUCCUCCCUACCCUGAGAACUUCGACAAGUCGUCUCAGAGGCAUCGAAUUGUGGUAAAUACGCUCUUGUGAAAUCCGUCAUCGAGGAGAACGAUUGCUUUCGAAUUCACCUUGUGUAUAUGUGAGUGCUUCUAAACAGAGAGAUCGAAAAACACGCAUGCGCACCAUCUCUGACAGUGGAAUGCGCCUCCGGCAGCGCACCAUUAGAGGUAGAUUUUUGCGAAGUACAGGGGAAUUGCCAAUCAGAUUACGAAAGUCAGGGAGUCUGUAAAUAAUGCAGUUUUUUUCACGACCAUUUAGUCCUUUUGUAUAAAGAAACGUGAGUUGUC